AUGGAAUUGUUUAAUACAAGUGCUAGGAAUAUAGUACCUAUAAAACGAUGCACAGCUUUCCCAGCAAAUACUCACUCUGUUGGGCUAUGGAAUAAAAGUGAUGCAUGGCAACUUAAUGUAUCGACUCCUUUUGGCAAUGUGACAUUGCCUGUACAAAACUAUACAAUGCCAGUUUUAGAGAUUGAGAUGAUUUCUAUCUUUUGUAUUACUCAAAUUUCUCAUUUUUUUCUCAAGAUGAUUGGCUUGCCAAUGUUUGUUGCUGAACUUCUGGCUGGAAUUGUCCUAGGCCAAGGUGUCGCAGCACAAUUCAUAGAAAAGUAUUACAACUCGAUAUUUCGACUCAACAACCAAGACAUAUUGGGCACAAUCUCACUCUUUGCAUACACAAUGUUCAUUUUCUUAAGUGGAGUCAAGAUGGACUUAAGCAUAGUCUUCCGUACUGGCUCUAAGGCCUUCCACACGGGUUCUCUCGCCAUGAUUGCCCCGCUCCUUCUAGGAGCGGGCGCACAAUACUUGCUCAGUCGCCAUUUUGAUCUCGACAAACAAGAGAAUCUCCAACUUAUGUUUGUCCUAACAACACAUUCCUUGACAUCUUUUCCUGUCAUAGCAUGUCUCCUUGAAGACCUUAAAAUAUUCAAUUCUGAGCUUGGUCGUCUUGGGUUGUCUUCCUCUAUCAUAAGUGACAUACUUGGUGUGAUUCUCACAGCUUUGGCUACUCUAGCCAAGGUGUGGGACAAGUCUAUAGGGUUAGCCAUUUUGGACUUUGUUUUGGUAUCUUUAUUUAUUGUUUUUGUUAUCUACGUGGCCAGACCAGCCAUGAUAUGGAUGGUUAGCCAAACCCCAGAGGGUAGACCGGUAAAAAAAGUUUACCUUUCCAUCAUUAUUUUGGGACUUUUGUUCUCUGCCAUGUUAUCAAAUUGGUAUCAUAUGACACUUAUUUUUGGGCCUAUGAUAUUGGGCCUUGCUGUCCCUGAUGGGCCUCCAUUAGGGUCUGCCUUGGUGAAGACUUUUGAUCCUUUAGUUUCUGGGGUUUUCAUGCCUAUCUUUGUGACUGUGGCCAUGAUCAAAGCUGACCCACAUGACCUCAAUCUCAACACCAAAGUGGCUAAAGCCAAUGCUCUUCUUGUGCUUGUGAUUAUUGUGUCAAAGUUUCUUUUCUCUUUGAUACCUCCUCUGCUUAGUAGGAUGCCUUUAAAUGAUGGAUUAGCUCUUGCCUUUAUUAUGUCCUAUAAAGGGGUUGUGGAAAUGGCCUCCUAUGGUAUUGCUAGAGAUAGUAAGGUUAUAGAAUUAGAGGUGUAUUGUUUUGUGAUGGCAACAGUUUUGGUGACCGCAAUAGUGGUUCCAAUUUCCGUUCGUUACUUAUACAACCCCAUGAGAAAAUACGCAGGCUAUCAAAAGCGAAACAUAAUGCAAUCUGCCACCAAUGACACCGAGCUUCGCAUUGUUGCAUGCAUCAACAGACCAGACAACACCCCAGCCCUCAUGAACCUCCUCGAUGUCUCUUGCCCCACCAAAGACAACCCGAUCUCGGUCUACAUUCUCCAUCUCAUCGAGCUCGUGGGCCGAGCCACGCCCGUCUUUAUCUCUCACCAACUCCAAAAGAAAACACUCUCCAACUACUCCUACUCUGAAAACAUAAUCCUCUCCUUCACACAUUUCCAAAGGGAGAACCACGGCGCAGCCAAUGUCAACGUCUUCACCGCGAUUUCCCCAACCGAAUACAUGCAUGAAGAUAUUUGUACUCUUGCCUUGGACAAGCUAGCCUCAUUGAUAGUCAUCCCAUUUCAUAGAAAAUGGUCUCUGGACGGGACAGCUAUUGAGUCAGAAAACCUCACUGUUCGUGCUAUUAAUUGUAGUGUGAUGGAGAGAGCUCCUUGCUCUGUAGCUGUCCUUGUUGAUCGAGGACACUCUGAGACUGUUGAGUUUAUGGUGUCGAGACAAGCUCCCUAUCGCGUUGCCAUGGUAUUCUUGGGCGGGAGCGACGAUAGGGAGGCUGUCACGUUCGCCAAGCGCAUGGUCAUGGACUCGUGCAUAACCUUAACAAUCAUACAUUUUGUGAGUGUGAAUGAGGAUCGAGAACUUGAGCAGUGGGAGACGGUUCUUGAUAAUGAAGUGCUUAAGGAGAUAAUUCUGAAUUAUAAUCAAAAUAGUGAUGUUGGUCAUGGAAAUGUUGGUUAUAUAAAGGAAAUGGUUAAAGAUGGGACUGAAACGGCUACUAAGUUGAGAUCCAUGGCUGAUGAUUUCGAACUUUUUAUUGUUGGAAGAAGAUUCAAUCUACACUCUAUCUUAACUUCAGGUCUUGAGGAAUGGAGUGAGUUUCCUGAACUUGGUGUUGUGGGGGAUUUGCUUUCGUCUACAGAUUUCAUGAGUAAUGCUUCUGUUCUUGUUGUACAACAGCAAAAACUUAGUAACUAGCUAGCUAUGUGACUAAUUAAUGUUGAUAAAUUUGUGUUGUGUUUGUUUGACUUCAAGGGUCUUGUUAGUUGAAAAUAUGAUCGUAUUUAAGUUUUGAUCUACAAAGUUACCUUUUAGUUUGUAGGACUAAAAUUCCCUACGAUAAAUAUGAUAAUAAUGGGCAUAAAUUGGGAUAUAGAUGAUCUCUUCUAAACAAGUUUUAUUACUUUGAGAUAUUGCUAUGCAGGCCCGAUCCUAUUAGUGUGCAGGCAGAUCUAUUGCACAGAGCCCAAGGAAAGGGUCCAAUUUUUAUUUAAUGUUUUUUUUUAGUUUUUCUAAUAGGGUUCUUUUAAUUAUAUACCUAAUUUGAAAAAUAAUUAUAGAAAUAACAAAGGAAAUUAUAAUUAUGAAAUGACGUGAAUUAUAUAAGAAGCUUCCAAAAUAAUAGAUAGAGAUUUACUAUUCUUAAGCUUCACCCACAUUCUUAGUCAUUUUUUUUUUCAGUGACACUUUUUUUUUUUUCCUUUUUUUGAGUACAUUCUUUUUUCUUUUUGUUUUAAUCAUCAAAAACUUAAAUUUUUUUUUUCUAAAGUCCAUUUUUAUCAUGUUUUUGAAAAAGAAUUAUAGCUACAUCAUUAAUUGUUUGGAUUUAAAAAAAGUACUAUCUCAACCUAUAUUUUAAUAUAAUUAUUUCAAUAUGUGGAAAGUAUAUAUUAAAGAGUGCAGCAUCAACAUUUAUCAUGAUGUUAUUCAUGUCAAGUUUAGUCCAACACUCAGCCCCAUCUCCUUCAAAUUUAAAGAAUAAAGAAGAUAAGGAAAUGUUAUCUUGAGCCUUACGCCAAUGAUCAAGAGUUAUUUGUGCUGAUGCAA